GUGAAGGGAUUCCAGCACUAAAGAGGUGGCCUGUCCAUGUUCCAUUAAGACCAUUCCAAGUGUUGAUCCAUUCACUGGGAAUGAGGGUGGUGUGUCCUGUCACAACUCCAGCUCUGAACUUGAUGCUUGUUUGAGGAAUAUAAAGCAGCCCUAUUUUUAUCUUGUUUAGAAAUUGAAAAAAUUCAGAAGGGUGAAACAACAAAGAAGGAUGAGGAAGAGAACUACCUGGAUUUAUUUUCCCACAAGAAUAUGAAACUGAAAGAACGAGUUCUGAUACCUGUCAAACAGUACCCCAAGUUCAACUUCGUUGGAAAGAUUUUGGGACCUCAAGGCAACACCAUUAAGAGACUUCAGGAAGAAACUGGUGCUAAGAUUUCUGUGCUGGGGAAGGGCUCAAUGAGAGACAAAGCCAAGGAGGAGGAGCUGCGCAAAGGGGGGGACCCGAAAUACGCUCAUCUAAACAUGGAUUUGCACGUCUUCAUCGAGGUUUUUGGGCCCCCCUGCGAGGCCUAUGCCCUGAUGGCUCAUGCCAUGGAGGAGGUCAAGAAAUUCCUUGUUCCAGAUAUGAUGGAUGAUAUCUGCCAGGAGCAGUUCCUGGAGCUGUCCUACCUGAACGGUGUCCCGGAGCCCAACCGCGGCCGAGGAGUCCCCGGGCGGGGAAGGGGAGCAGCUCCCCCACCCCCUCCACCCGUUCCAAGGGGCCGUGGGGUUGGUCCCCCUCCUCCUCCUCCUCGGGGGGCCCUGGUACGAGGGGCCCCGGUGCGGGGGGCCAUCGCUCGGGGGGCCACCAUAGCCCGGGGGGUGCCCCCUCCUCCGGCAGUGCGGGGGGCUCCUGCACCCCGGGCACGGGCAGCUGGCAUCCAGAGGAUACCCCUUCCUCCUCCUCCUGCGCCAGAAGCCUACGAGGAAUAUGGCUACGACGACACGUACGCAGACCAGAGCUACGAGGGCUAUGAGGGCUACUACAGCCAGGGCCAAGGGGACACAGAAUACUAUGAUUAUGGACACGGGGAGGCACAGGAAACCUAUGAAGCUUAUGGCAGGGACACCUUUCACCUGCCCAGGACCUGCUUUUGGUGUCUGGGAAGGAGGGAAGCACUUCCUGCAGCUGUCCCUGAUGGGCAAGAUGACUGGAAUGGGACCCGGCCCUCCCUGAAGGCCCCGCCGGCCAGGCCAGUGAAGGGGGGCUACCGAGAGCACCCCUACGGACGCUACUAAAAAAACACAAAACAAUGAGGGAAAAAUCCCACUUUUGAGCAAAACAGUUGUUACUGAUUCUUGUAUCUCCCGGGAUUCCCGUUGCUUUGCCCACACCAGACAAGUAAUUGUCUAACUGUUUUUCUUCGUGGCCCUUUUUCUCCCACUCCAUCCUCACCCUGCAUUUCGGCUUCUGUACGUAGUACUUUUAAAAAAAAAAGAUGAGUUAAAUAGAUUUUUUUAGAGGAAGCGACUUUUAAUUUUUAUUUUUAUUUUUUUUUCAGUGUGUAGGUGGCUUUUUCUUCCUUUGUCGUUUAGAUAAACGCAACUGUACCUUUCUUUUUUUUUUUUUUAAGGAAAAAAAACAAAACAAAACAAAAAAACUACAAAACCACGGUUAAAAAAAUGUUAGUUUUCCAAAGUGACAUGCUUUGCUUAGCAGCUAUGAAAUUAAGGUUUUGUUUAAAACUUUUUAAAGUUUGUUUUAAAGGAACCCAUAAAGGUUGUAGUUGCAGAAUCCCAAAGUAGGCUACAUUUCAAAAUUCAGGGCUAUUUUUAAGCAUUAAAAUCAUAAUGUAACGGUAGUAGCUGCCACCAUUUUUAAAAAAAAAGGAAAAAAAAGUAACUUCAGAUGCCAAACCUUCUUUAAAAGGAGAUUGCUGGUGAAUCUUGAAGUUUAAAUUUUAAUACGAAGGAUCCUCCAACAAAUUAAAUAGCAUUUUUUUUAAAGAGAAUUGACCUAAAAGAAAAAAAUUAGGUUUGUAAAAUUGACUUUUCUUAUGUGGAUUUUGAAAUCUAGCCCCCGUGCAGUGUUGAGAUAUGCUUGGGAAGCAGAUUUUUUCCAGUGUAAAGGGGUUCUUAGUUUGGUUCUAGAUGAACAAUUUUAAGGGAAAAGCAAACAAACAAACAAACAAAGCAUGGCUCUAAUUGCCCAGUGUUUGAUAGUAGAAAGCAGAAUAUUCCAUGGGUAGGUCUGAACUCUGUAAAAUUCUCAUUUUUUUUAUAGUGCUUGGGGCAGAUAAUCCAGUGCAAGUUUAAAACUGACACACAAAAAAAGAUAAAUGUCAAUAUUAAGCAGUCCCAUCGACUUGUUCAAGUGUAUCUCAGCACGAGCUUUGCAUAAAAAGGGACACUGCAGCUGGGAAAAAAAAAAACAAAAUGAUCUAAAAUUUCACUUUGUACAUAAGAUAAAGUCCUAAUUGGAUUUGUACACUGUCCUCCCACUCUGUUCUUGAAGAGAAAAAUGCUACAUGUGUAAGUCUGCCUAACUAGGUAGCUAAAAAAACGUGUCAAAAUGUCUGUCGCAAUUUGUCAAUAAAGUUUAGUCCUUUUUUAAUCAAA